AUGGCACAGAGCAAACUGAAUGAUUUGGCUGGAAAGUUCGGCAAAGGAGGUCCUCCUGGAUUGACGACGGGUCUGAAGGUGUUGGCCGCCUUUGGAGCGGUUGCGUAUGGCGUUAAAAACUCCAUGUACACCGUUGAAGGUGGUCAUCGUGCGAUUAUAUUCAACCGUAUCGGCGGUGUGGGUGAUGAUGUUUUCACCGAAGGUUUACACUUCCGCGUGCCCUGGUUCCAGUAUCCCAUCAUUUACGACAUCCGAUCCCGGCCACGCAAAAUUUCAUCCCCAACCGGCUCGAAGGAUCUGCAGAUGGUGAACAUUUCGCUCCGUGUCCUGUCCCGUCCCGAUGCACGCAAACUGCCGGUCAUGUACCGUCAGCUGGGCCAAGAUUACGACGAAAAAGUGUUGCCUUCGAUUUGUAACGAAGUGUUGAAAAGUGUGGUGGCCAAAUUUAACGCUUCCCAGCUGAUCACCCAGCGUCAGCAGGUAUCGCUACUGAUUCGCCGUGAACUCGUAGAGCGUGCGGCCGAUUUUAACAUUAUUCUUGACGAUGUGUCACUGACGGAGCUGAGCUUCGGCAGAGAAUAUACGGCGGCAGUUGAAAGCAAACAGGUUGCCCAGCAGGAAGCACAGCAGGCUGCAUUCUUGGUGGAACGUGCAAAACAGGAACGACAGCAAAAGAUUGUACAGGCCGAGGGUGAGGCAGAAGCGGCCAAAAUGUUGGGUCUUGCCGUAGCUGAAAAUCCUGGUUAUCUCAAGCUUCGAAAGAUUCGUGCAGCACAGAACAUUGCCAGAACGAUCGCAAACUCACAGAACCGUGUCUACCUCUCUGCCAACAGUCUGAUGCUGAACAUUCAGGAUGAUACGUUCGAUGAUAUGUCGAAGAAAGUUUCAACUGGGCGGCAGUCAGGUAGUGGAUGGUUUAGCUCAUCAGCCUCAACAGGACAAACGAAACCAAAACCAUCAGUGAAAGAGAACGGAACCAACCAAACCGAGGAUAGGCCGCAUCAGCAGCAGUACGAUGAAAGUUUGAUAAAAAUCAUUGCCGAAGAAACGGUCGACCGGUUAAAGGGAAAUGUGUUGUAA